AUGCUACCCCUGAGUCCUGAAUGCACAGUCUGCAAAUGCCAGCUCAGGGAGCUCAUGCACCUUCCUCCAGAGGCAGAGCACAUGACUGGACCUAUUGCACACGAGCAGAAGAGUCAGCCCUUCUCAGAAGAACUGUAUAACACGUCUACAUGUGUGGAAAGAGCUAAGGGACUCAAAGUACAAGAACGGCUGGUGCUCUCCGUCUUACCACGGUUUGUAGUUCUAGAAAUGAUAAAUGACAUGACCAACGUAGAAGAUGAACAUUUGCAACACCAGUUUCAUAAGAUCUACAUUCAUCGUUAUGAGAAUGUCAGCAUUCUUUUUGCAGAUGUUAAAGGAUUCACCAACCUCUCCACAACUCUGUCAGCCCAGGAGUUGGUCCGAAUGCUGAAUGAACUCUUUGCCAGAUUUGAUCGACUAGCACAUGAACAUCAUUGUCUCAGAAUAAAGAUCCUGGGGGACUGUUACUACUGCGUGUCGGGGCUCCCAGAACCUCGCCAGGACCAUGCACACUGCUGCGUUGAAAUGGGGCUCAGCAUGAUCAAAACUAUCAGAUACGUUAGGUCAAGAACGAAGCAUGACAUUGACAUGAGAAUAGGGAUACAUUCGGGAUCGGUUCUGUGCGGAGUGCUGGGCCUGCGAAAGUGGCAGUUUGAUGUCUGGUCAUGGGACGUGGAUAUCGCAAACAAACUCGAGUCAGGUGGAAUUCCUGGGAGAAUUCACAUCUCCAAAGCCACUCUGGACUGUCUGAACGGGGAUUAUAAAGUUGAAGAAGGGCAUGGCAAAGAGCGUAAUGAAUUCUUGAGGAAACAUAACAUUGAGACUUAUUUAAUUAAACAACCUGAGGAGAGUCUGUUGACUUUGCCUGAAGAUAUUGUGAAAGAGGCUAUCAGCUCCUCCGACAGGAGAAACAGUGGAGCAACAUUUACUGAAGGAUCCUGGAGCCCUGAACUUCCAUUUGAUAAUAUAGUGGGAAAACAGAACACUCUGGCUGCCCUAACAAGAAAUUCAAUAAAUCUGCUUCCAAACCAUCUUGCACAAGCUUUGCAUGUCCAGUCUGGGCCUGAGGAAAUUAACAAGAGAAUAGAGCACACCAUCGACUUACGGAGUGGCGAUAAAUUGAGAAGAGAGCAUAUCAAGCCUUUUUCACUGAUGUUUAAAGACUCCAGCCUGGAGCAUAAGUUUUCCGAAGUUGGGACGGAGCUAGAGGUCAUAACAGACAGUGCCAUGAUGCAG